AUGGAUCGCAUGGAGCUGCAAAAAGUCAACAUCGAACUUGACAAUCAGAGCAACAGCGGGGAAAGCCUUGAAGACAACUACACGGAGCUGGUUGAUUCGGAGAGGGCUGCCAUUCGGAGGCCAUUUGCUAGUGAUGAUGCAGAAAGUCAGAAGUUCCUUACAAAUGGAUAUCUGGGUGAAAAGAAAUUGGAAGACUAUAAAGAAGAAUAUCACCGGGGCAGAGCUUCCUUUGGAAUGUCCUCAUUCAACCUCAGCAACGCCAUUAUGGGCAGCGGCAUCUUAGGGCUCUCCUAUGCCAUGGCCAACACGGGAAUUAUCCUUUUCAUAGUUCUGCUGCUCAGCGUAGCAAUAAUGUCACUCUACUCGGUCCACCUCUUACUGAAGAUAUCAAAAGAAGGAGGAUCACUAAUAUAUGAAAAACUGGGAGAAAAGGCAUUUGGCUGGCCUGGGAAGUGUGGUGUCUUCAUUUCUGUUACAAUGCAGAACAUUGGAGCAAUGUCAAGCUACCUCUUUAUUAUUAAAUAUGAACUUCCAGAAGUGAUCAGAGCAUUUAUGAAACUCGAGGAGAGCUCUGAAGAAUGGUACAUAAACGGGAACUACCUCGUCAUAUUUGUAACAGUUGGGAUUAUUCUUCCCCUUUCCCUCCUAAAAAGUUUAGGUUAUCUUGGUUAUACGAGUGGUUUUUCGCUGACCUGUAUGGUUUUCUUUGUCAGUGUGGUAAUCUUCAAGAAAUCACAAAUACCCUGUCCUCUCCCCAUCAUGGACCAUGGAGUUGAAAACUGGACCGUCACCAACAACACAGUGCCAAUGCAUUUGGUCAUGUUGCCAAAUGAUUCUUUCAGUUCUGGCGUGAAUUUCAUGAUGGACAACACAGUUGGGCACUUGUCAGGCCUUGAAGAGCCAAGAGAUACCUCCCCAAAAAGUGGUGUAGAAUAUGAAGCACACAGCGACAGUAGUGAAAUGUGUCAGCCAAAAUACUUUGUGUUCAACUCACGGACUGCCUAUGCAAUACCCAUCCUGGCAUUUGCAUUCGUAUGCCACCCUGAGGUGCUACCAAUAUACAGUGAACUGAAAGAUCCCUCCCGAAAGCGGAUGCAGAAUGUCUCAAAUAUCUCCAUCGCUGGCAUGCUUAUCAUGUAUCUUCUGGCUGCCCUCUUUGGAUACCUUACCUUCUACGGAGAAGUUGAAGAUGAGCUCCUCCAUACGUACACCAAAGUGUACACCUUCGACAGCCUCUUGCUGUCAGUUCGCCUGGCAGUGCUGGUGGCUGUAACCCUGACCGUGCCCCUUGUCCUCUUCCCUAUCCGUUCAUCUGUCAGUGCAUUGCUGUUUCCCAAAAGGCCAUUCAGCUGGAUAAGACAUUUCCUGAUUGCAGCAGUAAUUCUUGCUUUUAAUAACCUGCUUGUAAUUUUUGUUCCGACUAUUAAAGACAUCUUUGGAUUUAUUGGUGCCUCUUCUGCUACCUUGCUGAUUUUCAUCCUCCCUGCUGCCUUCUACCUGCGGCUUGUUGAGAAGGAGCCUCUGAGGUCUCCCCAGAAGAUCGGGGCUCUAAUUUUUCUCAUACUUGGCAUAAUCUUCAUGAUUGUGAGUAUGACUCUUAUUGUAAUGGACUGGAUUUACAAUCCCCCAAGUUCCAGACAUCACUAA